UUACACAAAAUAAUGAUCAAGGUUUCAGACCACUCAGAUGAUUUAUUGAGAACAUUCACAGUGGCUCUGAUCCUGUCUCCUUGCUCUAUGUCCUCGGGAGCCAGAAACACGGUGAUUGGCUCCAGAGGGUCUCCAGAGAAACCAAUACGUAGUGUCAGGCCAUCUCCAGAGUGGAUCAGGGUGUAAGUAGGGAGAGAAGGGUG